UGCUGACUGCUCCUGUGGCUCCUCCCACAGGCCCCUGUAUAAAGGCGAUCUGAGGCCUGACGCUCGGCCUCAGUCUCCAGGACAUAGUAUGAUGGACACUCACUCCUGGUUCCUUCUUCCAGUCAAUAAAAGCCGAUAUCUCGCCUUACGUCUCAGUGUGAGUUAUUGAUGGUGCAUCAAUUUUAUUGACUGGAAGUUUUAAAACAUGGAAACCGUUUUGCGUCCGGAAAGGUUGGAUUUGGACCCUCAAGACCCUGACGCAGCUCUCGCUUUUGAACACUGGCUUGCCUGCUUCCAAUCGUACUUGGAGGAGGUUCGUGCAACUGAACCCGCCGUUAUACACAGAAUCCUACUCUCGAGGGUCACCCCCAAAGUUUACUCCAUUAUCCGGGACCUGCCGACCUACGAAGGGGCACUGGACGCCCUCAAAAGACAGUACCUGCGGCCGGUGAACACCGUCUAUGCAAGACAUCGUUUAGCUACCCGGCAACAGCGGCCUGGCGAAUCGUGCGCUGAGUUUCUCCGAGCACUACAGACACUCGUCCGACCUUUCGACUGCAAGACGCUCACGGCAGAACAGCAUGCGGAGCUGCUGGUGCGAGACGCUUUUGUGACGGGACUGAGGUCAGUAUACAUGCGCCAGCGGCUGCUGGAAAAUGCCGACCUUACCUUACGCUUGGCGAUAGAGACGGCCAACGCUCUAGAAGCUGCUUUGCAUAAUGCUGACGCUGUCCAGUCGCGCGAUUCCCCGCCGGUUCCGUGGACACCUCAGACCCUGCCACCGCUGGCUCCCGGGAGCGAAUUCGCCAACGCCGCUGCCAGUCGCGAUUCCACGAGCUCCCCGACCCAGACCACAGCUGUGGCCCGUCAGAAGCCCGUGUGUUAUUUCUGCGGCCAUAAAAAACACCCUCGACAACGCUGUCCAGCGCGAGAAGCGACCUGCUCCAGCUGCAGAAAGCGGGGCCACUUCGCCAAGGUCUGUAAGUCUCAACCUCGAGCGGAGUGCAGCGCUGCGGGUGAAACGUGGGGGUCGCCAUCUUGCAUGCCCAGAUGUGGGCGGCCAUCUUUGUCGACGUCAGCAUGCCCCGCCCCCGACCCUCCGAUGCUUACCGGGUACCCCGACGGCGAUUCAACUCUGGCCACUGUAACCCUCGACCAAAGCGCCCCACACCAGCUUGCAAGGUCCAUGAUGGACAUCCGGGUGGAGGGGCACAGGACUAGAUGCCUGUUUGACAUGGGCAGCACUGGGAGUUUUAUUCACCCGGACACAGUGCAACGCUGCGGACUCGCAACGCGGCCGGUAAGUCGGAGGUUCCAUUUGGCUUCUGGGUCGCAGUCCACAGACAUCCGGGCGGGUUGUGUAGCGACUUUGGUGGUGCAAGGCACAGAAUAUCGGAACUUUGAGCUCCUGGCCAUGCCUAAUCUCUGCGCACCUGUGCUAUUGGGGCUGGACUUCCAGAGCCAUCUCGAAAGUGUGACUAUGGUAUACGACGGGCCCCUCCCACCACUCACUGUCAGGAAUCCUCAGUUUUGUGGGACUUCUUCACAUACCCCGCUACUGACCACACACACACACGGGCACACACAUCCCAUCCAGAACCAGGCCGACAGCUGCGCUACCGACACCACUUGCAGCCUCUCCACUCUCAAGGUCCCUCCCCCACCGCUGUUCGCCAACCUGACCCCUGACUGUAAGCCUGUGGCAACUAAAAGCAGGAGGUACAGCGCGGGGGACCGGGCCUUCAUUCAGUCGGAGGUGCAGCGGCUGCUCAGGGAGGGGAUCAUUGAGCCAAGCUCAAGCCCUUGGAGGGCCCAGGUGGUUGUUGUUCAGACUGGGCAGAAAAAUAGGAUGGUGGUGGACUAUAGUCAAACCAUCAAUAGGUUUACGCAGCUUGACGCGUACCCCCUACCACGCAUCGCGGAUAUGGUCAACCAGAUUGCUCAGUACAAGGUGUACUCGACAAUAGAUCUGAAAUCCGCUUAUCACCAGCUCCCCAUCUGCCCAGAGGACCGCCCCUACACCGCCUUCGAGGCAGGCGGCAGGCUCUAUCACUUCCUGCGCGUCCCUUUCGGUGUCACGAAUGGUGUCUCUGUCUUCCAGAGGGAAAUGGACCGGAUGGUGGACCAGUACCAACUGCAGGCCACAUUUCCCUAUCUGGAUAACAUCACCAUCUGUGGUCACGACAGGCCAGAUCACGACGCCAACCUCCAACGAUUUCUCCAAGUGGCCGCAGCUCUGAACCUUACUUAUAACAGGGACAAGUGUGUGUUUGGAACCACCCGCCUAGCUAUACUUGGAGUCUAAAGGUUGAAUAUACACUUUGGACUCUAGUGGUUUGGAACACUAUCAGACGUCCACUAUAAACAACCACCCUCCACUCUCACUCCCUGCUGUCUGUCCUUUAGCCAGCUAACAAUCCAUUCUGGAGACAGAAUGGACUGACUACAGAUGCUGGAGUACGGAGCACAAAACAAAGCUUCUGGAGGAACUCAGCGAGCCAGGCAGGGAAAUGGACAGUCGAUGUUAGAGGGCAUGAACUUUCAUGUGGACUGAAAGAAUGCAGAGGAGAUUUACAAGAUUGUUGCCAGGACUCACGUUAAAGGGAGAGUUUGGACAGAUGUGGACUUUAUUCCUUGGAACGCAUGAAAAUGAGGGGUGAUCUUA